CAGAACUGACGCCUGGAGUGCAACCAGACUCCAGUUUGCACCAUGUCGGACACGACGGUCUUCCUCGUCCUCUUCCUCGUCUUUGCGGCGCCUUUCGCUCUCUAUGUGCUGGUAGCGCUCGUGCUCGCGCUUCUGCCGCCGACCAAGCUCCACCCGUCGUACGCCGGCAAGCACGUCUUGAUCACGGGCGGCAGCCAAGGCCUCGGCCGCGCGCUCGCGCUCCGGCUCGUUGACGCCGGUGCCGACGUCACGAUCGUGGCACGCAGCGUCGACAAGCUCCAAGCCGUCGUCGACGAGGCGCAGAAGAGCGCGACGCCGGGCCGCGGCCGCAUUGCGUACCAAUCGGCCGACACGCGCGAUGCGGCGUCGGUGCAGUCGGCCGUUGUCCAGGCCGAGACCGUGUUUGGCCCGAUCGAGAUUCUGUUUCCUGUUGCUGGCAAGGCUGUGACGGCCAAGUUUGACGAAAUCUCGCUCGACGAACACAAGGCGGCGCUGGACCUCAACUACUUUGGCACGCUCAACACGGUCGAUGCAGUCUUGCCGGGUAUGCGGGAGCGCGCGCGCGGCUCGAUCGUCUUUAUCACAUCGGGCGCGGCCCUCGCGACCUACGUGGGAUACGCAGCCUACUCGCCGAGCAAGUACGCGGUCCGCGGUCUCGCCGAGUGUCUUCAUAACGAACUCGUGGGGUCGGGCAUCUCGGUGCACAUUGCGUUCCCUGGUCAGAUGGACACGCCCGGGUACGCGGCGGAGAUGCUUACCAAGCCUACUGAGUGCAAGGCCAUUGAAGCCAACGACACGCUGUAUACGCCCGAGGCCGUGGCCAAGUCGAUCUUGCGGGACCUCCAGAACGGUGAGUACAGCAUGUACUGCGGCGACCUCGGUAUCCGACUUCUCGGCGUCGCUACGUCGGGCUUGAUGCCGCGCACCAACUGGGCCCUCGAUGUGCUGCUCUUUCCGCUUAUGGUUCUUAUUGCGUGGUUUGUGCGCAACGACUGGGCCAAGGCCGUCAAAAAAGGUCUGCGCAACUGAGCAAAACUCCUUCGUCUCGCGGCGCAGAGACUCCGCGUCGUAGUACAGUGUAAUCCAUGAACAUGCAUUCUGACAACGUUGGCGAC